CUCUCACGCACCCUCGCCUCUCACGCACCCGAUGAACUCACUCUUCGAACUCAGCCACACUGAGCGUUACUCCCUCUGCCUCCCUCCAUUUCAUAAGGAAUGAGAACCCGCCUAGCGAUCCAGCUCCUGUCGGCCUUGCUCGCCCUGUCCCUCACGCUGGACUCCGCGGUGGGCCAAUCCACCGUCCAAACGCGAUGCCUCGAAGCCUGCGGGAGCGGGAAGGAGGCGACGGAGAACUUCUGCGGCCGCCUGAGCGGGUACCCGUCGCGGGUGAGGGCCGCCUGCGAUGCCAUCGCGGAGCAGGCGCCGAGUAUGUGCGGCAGGUUCUGCAGGGUUUUUGCCAGCGUCUUUGACAGUAUCCUUGACUGAAAGUGACUUUGGCCGUCGGGCGGCGAGAAGUAUGAGAAUAAAAACUCGGGAUUUUCCUCAC